CCUGAGACUUCGACAUUCCUCUUUCCGAAACUUUGAUUUCCGCAAUCAGACCAGCCCGUCAUCCACACCCCCCAGCAACCACUCCCCUAUUUUGUUCUCGCAAACAACAUCUACCCUACGAAUCCUUCUUGUCUUUUGAAGACAUCGCACCUACACCUACUUUCAUCAUGCCUGAGACUGAAGCUUCGGGUAGUGUUAUUCCUGACGAGCAGCGCCCUCUCGAUCAGAUUCCUGUCUCCCCUCCUAAUGGCGAGGUUGAGGAGGAGACCGGGGAGGGCGGUCUUGGACUCCCUGGAAAUAAGCAGCAGCUCACCGUCUUUCACUCUCCUGACAACUUUAAUGUCAAGCAUCCCCUCAUGAAUAAGUGGACCCUUUGGUAUACCAAGCCUCCGAGCAAUAAUAAGGUUGGUGCCGUACCGUACCCUGCUUGUGUGAGAUUCUAGCGGACUGUAUGCUUUAUGCGCUCGCUCGAGUUCUCUGGCUUGGGCUUGCCGCUAACUUUGUUUAAUUCAGGGAGAAAUCAGUUGGAAUGAUUUGCUCAAGGAGGUUGUCACUUUUGAUUCUGUUGAGGAGUUCUGGGGGAUUUAUGUAUGUUUCUCCUGCUCCCGCCUGACAUCUGCAGCGCUGACAACUAGCUCUUUUUGCAGAAUAACAUACUGAAAACAUCCGAACUUGGUUUGAAAUCCGAUUACCACCUCUUCAAGACUGGUGUUCGGCCUGAAUGGGAAGAUACCCAGAACAAGCACGGCGGUAAAUGGGCGUAUCAAUUCAAGGAUAAGCGUGGUGUUCCGAUCGAUGAUCUCUGGCUUAACGUCAUACUUGCUGCCAUCGGCGAGACUUUAGAGUCGGAUAAGGAUAAGGAAAUCAUGGGCGCUGUUGUGAACGUUCGCAAGGCGUUCUAUAGAAUCGGUCUCUGGACCAAGACUACCGGUGGUGGGAAAGGCACUCCAAAGGAAGCGGCGUUGAUGGAGAUUGGCAAGAAGUUCAAAGGGGUCCUAAAGCUUGGUGAUAAGGAUUUAGUUGAGUUCUCUGGCCAUACCGAGAGCGCCCAUUCCGGGCAGAGCAGGGCCAAGGCCAAAUAUUUUGCUUAGGAGUGAACUUUUUCCUCAUCCUAUCUUGGCUUGCCCCCUUGUAGUUGUUAGGUUGGGCGGUUCUUUAGAAUUCUGAAGAAUUGUUCGCUUCUUUAUAUCUCGGGGGGGAGGUUUUUUCUCUUUUUUUUCCUGCCUCAUUUUCUCUCUUCUGACGAGCGUCACGAUCCGCGGAUGGCAUUUCUUUAGCUGUAUCAAUUACUCUGCUUGGAGAUUCCUGUUUUUUGCUCUUUUUCCUGGGGGCUGGUGUAUUGUUUUUUUUUUUUGUUUAGCUCCAUGAUUUCAUGCUCUUUUCUUUCUUAGCAAGUAGUGG